CCUUUCCCAGCUCCCCUAGCACUUCCGCUUUCGAUUCACGAACUGUUUACAGGUUCGUUUACGUUAGGAUACAUAGUAUGGAGUAGAUUGUUUAAACAGUUCAGUGAAAGUCUGCCACCGGUUUAUUACCUGUUGGUGUAAAUGUCAGUCGUCCUGCAGUAAAGACGGAUAUCUGCUAAUCAUCGACAAUGCAGCAGCAGGCGCAGCAUUUCUCCCCUACCAACGGAGACUUUACAUUUGUCUCCUCCACUGACGCUGAAGAGCUCAGCGGUUCAAUCGAAUCUCCAGAUGUUAAAGUGAACAUGGGCGGUGACUCUAAGGAUGCUUCUGCAACUAAAUUCCUGAGACAGAGAGGGUACGGCUGGCUGCUGGAGGUGGAGGAAGAUGACCCUGAGGACACCAAGCCUCUCCUGGAGGAACUCGACAUAGACCUGAAAGACAUUUACUACAAAAUCCGCUGUGUGCUGAUGCCAAUGCCAUCGCUGGGGUUCAACCGGCAGGUGGUGAGAGAUAACCCUGACUUCUGGGGCCCGCUGGCUGUGGUUCUUUUCUUCUCAAUGAUCUCACUGUACGGACAGUUCAGGGUGGUGUCCUGGAUAAUAACUAUUUGGAUAUUUGGAUCCUUGACAAUUUUCCUGCUGGCUAGAGUUUUAGGUGGUGAAGUUUCUUAUGGCCAGGUUCUUGGAGUCAUUGGGUAUUCCUUGCUUCCACUAAUAGUAAUAGCUCCGUUGCUUUUGGUAAUUGGGGGAUUUGAAGUGGUAGCUACGCUGAUAAAGCUGUUCGGUGUGUUUUGGGCUGCGUACAGUGCUGCUUCCUUGCUAGUGGGGGACGAAUUCAAGACCAAGAAGCCACUUCUGAUAUACCCAAUUUUUCUGCUUUACAUCUACUUCCUGUCUCUAUACACUGGGGUUUGAUACAGGAGAGACCUGGUCUGGAACUACGGAAUAAACUACCAUCGAAUCGGGAAGUGUUAAGUGCAACGGAAAUGUGCUUUACGCUUGUGAAGGGUGACCUUGUAGAAGAAACAGAUUUGUUUGUUUUUCCUGUUGGUAAACAAAUCAUGGUCAAUGUUGGGUCAUAAAGCAAAUGUGUACAGUGUAUGUAAUUAUUAAAUGUAGCCAUGAUCUUUGUACUAAAAUAAAAGUUCUAGGAUUUGUUUAAAACCUCUUUCAGCUCUGAUGAAUGAGUAUGUUUGAGACAGAAUUUUGUCUUUGCAAGGUGCUGUUAUAAAAUCUUUAAUAGGUUUAAUAGGUGAGUUUUUUGAUAACCCUGAUUUAUGUUUGAAAUGCCAUCCAUACGAUUGCUGGGUGGAAUAAUCCCUUUAUAAAAUGCCUGUGCCAAAAAGCAACAGCUUGGCCAAUGGCAAAAUGUAUGUAGUCCACUCCACCACAUUCUAAUUGUUUUUAGAAAGUUUUUAUUUUGAGUGUCAUGGUAUUUCUUUUUUUUUCAUGUGGCUUAUUACUGCAUUUAAUCUUUUUAUUUAUAAAUGUUGGCCCAGCUAGUUAACAGGAUUUCGAUGAGUUUAUAUAAAGAGGAUAAUGAUUAAUUAUUUUAAAUUGGGUGCCUUUUAUGUAGAUUUGUGUUACAUGGGUGUUAUAGGAAGAAUAUUUUAUAGAUGUAAAUUUGUAAAAACAAAAAAGUGAAAUUUAUAAAAUGCACAAACUUACCUGCUCCUUUGUUUUACAGUACUGCAAAUAUAGCUAUUGAAUAUUCUUCAGAUGCAUAAAAUAAAUCACAUAGGGACGCAAUCAGCCAUAAUUUGUUGUAUUUAUUAACUUCAAAUGAAACUGGAAAACCUUUCAGAUAGGAAUUGAUAGGGAACCCGAAGCACUGCUAAGUUUAAUGUUUAUUUUCUUCAAUUAUAUGAAAAUGCAGAACACUGUUCUACAUCUUGGGACCAGAAUGCACUUUUUAAAAUCAGAAAAUAAAACUUUUUUUAUUUACUCCUAUGAAUUUCUACAUGUCUCCAAUAUUCAGCAUACACCCGUUUGUAACAUAUUGUUUCCAAUGUUCUUGUAUAUUAAAGAAAACCCUUAUAUG